AUGGUCCCACCAUUGUCCUCGCAGAGCCGCAGCUUGCCGGCUGUUAAUGGCAAGGGGGACCGCUUGGAAACGCACUGCGCGGAUGGCGGUUCCGCGACGAGAGGGAGAGAGCCGGACACAGUGGAAGGGAUGCCUACCGAGAUGAUCGCAAGUAUGAUUAUGGAGCAUGUGGGCAUGCAGAAUAGCCUGCAGCUUGGAUUAUCGUUGCUUCAGUUGUUGGUGGCAUCUGUGGGGCAGCAUCACCUGUGGAAGGAUGUUUCAAUGAUUCUCGAACGUUGCACGCCAGCGCACAAAGGGUCACAGGAGGGCAACUCAGCAGGACUGAUCAUCUGGAGGCCCUCGGUUCGGAAUGAGGCUUGGCGUCUGUUGAAUGUGCUGAUCCUGAACGGAGAAGCUACUGGAUGGACGAGGCUAGCGCCGGCUAGUGACCAAGUGCCGAUGAAGAGUCAGAGAGUUGCUCUCGACUUCCUUCGCAGGCAGAGCGAGUGGUGGUCUCGCGACGCUAUGAAGGAUCGGCCUUCCACCAACUUUCAUGAGCUUGCCCGAGCUCGGCAAGUGGAUUACAGCGGUGAGGAGGUCUUGAAAGCGUUACCCCUUCGUUUGGAGGAGCUGGAACCAGGCUUGCCUGAUGAUGGAGUCGCCGGGUCCUUGGACGUUUUGUCGGUGGCUGCAGCGGAUGUUAAACGUUCGGUUGCAGACCCCUCUCUCACUUUGCUUGAUCCUUCUGCAUGGCCUGAUCCUCUCCCGUCGGCGUCCAUGCGAGUUUGUCAACACGAGUGGAUUCGCAUUGUCAAAGUGCUUUAUGACAAGGGAAUAGUGGAAGGUAUAAGUUUGGAGGAGGUGUUCCGCGUACGGGGCGAGCCUGUUCUAAAUGGGGCCUUUGCUGUGGAAAAGAGCGGGACGCCUGCUGACGGUCAGGCUUGGCGGGGCCUUAUGGCAUUCAAGUUGCCCGUUCCCGGUGAGGUGGUCGGGCGCCCGGACAUAGACAGCAUACAUGUGGCAGCUGCGGUGAUCCCCAUGGGCUGGGUGAAUGCAGUGAGUCUGUUCCAGCACUUGCAUCGUCGUAUCGGCUUGGCGGAGUUUCCAGUUGGAGCGGGCUUGGAUCCCGCCGACGAAUGGCGGAGGGAUCGUCCAGUCCCCAGGGGCGCCCUGGAGGAAGGUACCGAAACAUUCAUGGAAGAUCAUGGCGGGGACUCUUUCCCCCGUGCACGCGAGACAGAGAGCCGCCUAUGUGGGAUGGUUGGCCAUCUGGAUUCUCUCGAGGCCGGUGGUGUCGCCGAGGAUGUUGAUGGUGGUGUUAGGCUUCCCUGUACUGUCCGUGGAUACGCUUCAUCUGAAAUCGACAAAGAUUGUUUACGGCUAACGAGAACGAGAUGGCCUGGAAUUGUCGAGUUGGGGAGUGUCGAAACCAUCACUGCCAAGGUCAUUGAACAACUGGCGGGAUCCAUCGGGUACCGGGUGGACUUUAUUCUCCUGGCAGCGGGAUGCCCGGGCCACGAACUCAGUACAACAACCUCUGGUUCACCUGAGGCUGGUGCCAGUUUGUUCUUUCAGAUUCCCAGAAUACGUGAUCUCCUCAAGGCUAGUUUCCAAGUGCCGGUUGAGAUGCUCGUUGAAAGUUUGUUUCCUCUGACCCCCGAGAGUCUAGGUCUAGGUAUCAUCAGUCGCACGUUGGAGCUAAAACCAUAUUUGGUGGAUGCCAAAUACUUUUCGUGGAUGCAGAGGCCCAGGUUGUUCUGGGUAACAUGGGCAGUGGCUGCUGCUGAAACAGAACAUCUGAUUGAUCGGGGAGCUUAUUUCGACUGGGUGUUUGAGGCCUCUCGAGAAGAUAAGCAAUCCUGGGUAGAUCCCGGAGUGGAGAGUGCAUCAGACGAAGCACAGGCACGGUGGGCGGAGGACUCAUACAAGCUGCCUGUGAGCAACUAUGAAGCUGAACACAUGAUCACUAUGAAUGGCGGACUGCUGCGCACGCUCACCUUAGCUGAGCGCGAAAAGUUGAUGGGAUUUGACGAUAACUACGUCAGUGAAGGUGUCGCACCGCCUUCGUGGACAAAGCUUCCUGCAUUCGUGAAGCAGUCGCAACCGGAUGCAGAGGUUAGUGGCUUGGUCACCCACUUCCUGAGGCCUGGCCUCGCAGUGGUAUUCAAAGCCAUCUUUUUCAAUGGGCGAUUGUACAUGGUUAUUCUUGGAGGCAUGAAGCCCACAUAA